GACUCCCUUGUGGGCCUUGUGGGUGUCAAAGCCGCCCUCGUGACUGCCCAACCGCCGGCCAUAUGGCGUCUUCGGCGGCGGCGCCCGCCGGCGAGGCGUCCACCUCGGAGCCCGCAGCGAAGGGGAAGCCCAUCGUCGUGCGGGUCAAGCGCAAGCCCUCGCAGACCCGCCCGGACGCUUUCUGGCUAGAGAUUAAUGAGAGGCCGGCGAAGAAGGCCAUGCUCGAUUUCUCCAGCCUCUCCAUCUCCGACCCACCCUCCUCUUCCUCCGCCGCCAGUGCUAAAGCUUCAGAGGAACCACGAGUUAAGAAACUUCUUGUCCAGCACAUCGAGACAGUACACCAUUCUGAGGCUGUUGAAGAUGUGUUACACUCACUUUUGCUUGCUGACUUGAAUUCCAAGGAGAUAAAGAGCAAGACAAAGGAGUGGAAUGACAGAAUCAAGCAAGACAAAAAACCAGAGGAGCUACGAUCAGCAGCCAGACAGAGGCAUGAGGAUAUGGGUAGAAAUGCUCGCUUUGCACAAAUAUGGAAGAGUCGAAAAGGAGAAAAUAAUGAUGCUGAUGACUCAUUGAGAGAAAUAUGCCAUCUUUAUGAUGCUGUCCAAGUAGAUCACGAUGACGAGAAGCAUCCAGCAGAACCACGGAUUACCUCUUUCGAAGAGGGUGCUGUUCUAUGCAACUUUCUUCCGCUUAUACGGGAGUACUUGCCAUCAGCUGCAGAGGAAAUUGAGUCAGAUAUAAUUUCACUGGCACAAUCAGAAGAUUCUGAAGUUUAUGAUAUCUAUACUGUCAAGGAGGUGGAUGAUACAAACAUGGAGGCCACGUCAGCAGCUUCAUAUCCAAGGCUACAAGUGGACGAUGGAGAAGAUGAAUGUUACGACGAUGACUAUCCAUAUGACACGGAUGAUUCAAAUGCCGAAGACAAUCCACUUUUUGAUUAUCCCGAUGAAUUGUCCGAGGAUGAGGAUGAUGGUAGCAAUGAUGAGGAUCCUUUUGGAGACGAAGAAGGUUCUGACACUGAGUAUGAGAAGGAAGAAGUAGAAGCGGAAGAGGAUGAAUAAUGAUGACUAGGAAUUGCAAUGGAGCGCGCGAUUGUAGAUGCUGGGGAGACUAGCCUGUGAACUGAAUGUAAUGUUUGACGAUGAGAUAGGUUCGGAGCUGACUGAUGAAUGUCUGUUGCUAAUGCUGAAAAAAAAAGAGAGGAGAAAUGGAGCUGUGUAACAGUUAGCAUUGUACAUCGCGUGCGUCACUUGAAGGAAGAAUUCAAAAAAUAUUUGGAUGUGCUUUCUUA